AGAAGCUGGGUGCCAUCAGGAUUUACGAUGGCGGCAUGGACCUCAUCGUCCAAGGCGCUCUCAUGCUGAUGGAGAGCCACAAAUGGCAAGAGCAGGAGAUUGCUCGCCUGCGGGAGGCUGAGAAGAAAGCUGCCUCGGCUGAGGAGGCCAUGGCCUGCCUAGACCGGCUUAGGGAGGAAGCGAAGGCCCUCCAGAAGGGCGUUGAUGAGGCCGAUGUGGCCUACCGGCAGGUAGCGGCUGACCGGGAUGACGCUUUGAGGGCUAGGGAUGAAGCCCUUCGAAGCCGUGAUGAGGCCCUGCUUCGGGCCGAAGACGCCGCCAGGGCUCAGGCUGAAUCUGAGAGGGCCGCAGAGAAGGCCGUUGAUGGUGCCAUCGAGAGGUUCCUGGCCGAUGGCUGGAAGGCCGAUGACCACCGGCCCUGGUGCUACGAAGUCGUGGCGGACCGGCUCGAAGAUUGGGGCCAGAACUGCCCUACUGACCAAGCAUACUUUGCUCGGGAGAUGGUUGUCUACUAUGAUAUGGGCCAGCAGAGGAUGCAGCGGCUACUAUACCGGAGGCUGCACCGGGCGUUCAAGAAGCUGAAGUUCACCAAGAAAUGGGCCAAAAAGAACCUGAAGCUUCCCCGGCUGAUGAAGGAUCCUGAGGCCGAAGCGAAACUCCCUCCAUCUCAGAGGCAAGAUCCAAUGCUCAGCUCUUCUAUUGGUUCGCCCGUCUAUUCUGACGAUGAGGCCAUGACCGAUACUGCCGUCUCCUCAGCAGGCGAGGCCGGUGAUGGUGCCAGGACGGAGGAGGUCGAAGCGGAGCAGGUGGCCGAUGAGACCGUUCCUGGGAGUUGAUCGGUUGCAUAAUCUCUUUGUAUAAUCUUUUUGUAUUUUGGUUAGGCCUUUGUGACGCCCCUUUUGUAAUGGCC